AUGCCCACAGUCAGCGCCAUGAUGCAGUCCGCGCAGCGGGCAGAGCGGGCGACGCAGGGGCCAGGCUGCGUUCGACAACGCGCCCGGUUCCAUCCGGACGCUGCAUGCAGUGGCCAGGAACUAGGCAUGGAAGAGGAUGACUCCAUGGACUACAGCGACGUCAACGACUAUUGGUUCGACUGGGCACAACUCGAAAGAGCAGAGGCCAAGGCGCGGUCGCGAUCCGUGCCGGCUGGACGCAGGGAGGGGGUCAGGCCGAUGGCCGGGCCAGCUUGUAGCGAGCUGGCCGAAGCUGUGCCGGCCCAGGGCGGCGAGCGCUCGCACGCAGUGCAGCAGGCCCCAACUCCCGCCCGUGCCCGGGGCUCCCGCGCGCGGGCCCCGGCGCCGCGACGGUCCGGGGGCGGCUGCGCAAGACGAGGCACUCGCCCAGCGACAACGUUGCCGGUCUGUGAGGGAAGCGUCUCGGAGGCGGACAGCAGCGAGAGCGACGGUGUGCAGGCAAUUGCGGGGUCCGCGUGGUUCAAGGGUAGGACCGACCUGGCUGGGGCAGCGCCCGAGCAUGCACCGCCUCAGUGUUCCGGACAGGCGCGCGGCACCUUGGGGCCCACCAUAGUCGCAUAG